AUGGAGGAAGACAUCGACUAUAAUGAGAACAGCAGUGACUACCAGAUGCAGCUGAUACAUGAAGAUCCAGUGGAAAGGGCCAUUUCGAUGACAGUGGUUCAAAUUUUUGUUUUGCCCUUUAUCUAUAUUAACAUCCUCAUGUUCUUGGCCUUCUGUAGGAGAGAAGCAUUCCAGUCAGAGACACGAUAUAUAUUGUUUGCACAAACUGUGCUGGUGGACUUAAUUUUUCUUAUAUUGACAGAUUUUGUGGUGAUUCUUUCAUCCACUUUAACAUUGUUGCCAAUGGGGUUUUGUAUCCCAAUUUGUAUAAUGAUGGAGAUGGUCACAAACUGCACUCCAUUAACCAUCACCGCUAUGUGUGUGGAGCGUUAUGUGGCCAUCUGCAUGCCACUCAGACAUGAUGCUAUUUCUACCACCAACAGGACAAUGAUUUUGAUCCUUGUGAUGUGGAUAUUAAGCUCCUUCAAUCCGCUUAUGGAUGUUCUCAUUCUCAUAGCCACAUCUUCACAGGAGUAUCUGACUCAGUUCACCUACUGUCACUAUGAAAUAAUGACACCAGAGCAUUGGCAUCGCAACAUGAGGGGUAUUGUCUACAUUUGUGUUUUAGUGAUCAUUAUCCUAGUUGAAGUCUAUUGUUUUGUGAUGAUUACAAUAGCUGCACAGGCUGCCUCUGGUGGCAACAAAAAGUCAGCAUCAAAAGGACAACGAACCCUUGCACUGCAUCUCUUUCAGCUUUGUUUGUGCUCAAUAGAAGGAAUAUGCCCCUAUAUUGAGGCCUUUGUUAUAGAGAUUGACAUUAACCUGUAUGUGACAGUUCGCCUUUUCAAUUUCCUUUUAUUCAGUGUAGUCUCUAGGUCAGUGAGUCCACUUCUUUAUGGCCUUAAAGAUGAGAAGUUUUGUACAGCACUUGUUUACUAUAUGUGCUGUAAAAUGAAUCCUGUCUCCACUGAAAAAGAACGAUAA